CUGGCCAGCAGAGCCCCUCAGAAGCUCUUUACAGUCAUGGGGCCCUCUCAGCUUGUCCGUGCCCCUAGGCCUAGGGGCAUGAGUUCUCCCUAUCGAAGGCCAGGUAUGGGUGGACACAGGCGCCGGUGUCCCAGGAUGUUCAAGUAUAGCCGAAGAACAUACCGGCAGAAGCCCCGAAGUCCAACUGCCACCAAUCUUGCCACUAUGGCCACAAACAUCAGUAACACCAACACUACUUCCCCCAGUGUGUGGAUACUCUCACCUCAAGUUCUUAGACAUCUCUGUCAACCUGGGGGCUUUCUGAUCCUCUAGAAAUGCCCAGAAGCUUGGCUUGCACUGGACCCGCUCCUCCAGAGGGCUGCUGGUGGUGAACACCAAAUACAAUCAUUCUGCUUAAGUUG